AUGCCUAGGUGUAAGAAAAGCCUGUUUUACCAUCCGCCGUGGUCAUCCGCCAUGGUACGCCUGCACAGGUCGCUCAUUAGUUGCUGGUUCACGCGCUCCUAUUCGAUUAGUUCGCAAAGAGCAGCUUCUGUCACUGUGGCAGCCGUCACAAUUGUCGCGUCAAUAUCCGGUGUCGCAUUUCUCUUAUCAUCGACAGGAUAUGCACUACCAUUCUGGCCGUCGUUCCUCCCCAGGGGGCCUGCGUCACCUCCCUCCGCUUUCCCGCAGAGUGGUUGUGAAGUUGCGAGGAAUUGUCGCGAGAAGCGACCGGAUAGAUACAUUUAUGCCGUUCAGGAUCCGUCAGAAUUCUGGUGGGAGGACUCUGCCAACCGCAUGCGAGACAGGGCCCCCAAGGGGUGGUGGACUGGUUACAUUCUGCGGGUUACCACACACCGUUGGUUCAACAGGACCGUUACUAACCGCAACCAAUGGUGGCAUUGGAUGACCGUGAUUGCGCCUGACGACAUGCACAAGGCGAACAAAGGCCUGGUGCUGUUCAUCAUUGGGUCGGGGUGGUCCAAGUCCCACUACCACCACGUGCCUCGCAAGGACGAGAUGUUCACCGCUGCCUUCGCCCCCUUGGUAGUUGAGCUGGGGAUCCUGGGAGCAGUGCUGCAUCAGCAGCCUAUGCAGCCAACUUCUUUCUAUGUGGGGCCUAACGGGCCGGGCAAGUUUGAAGAGCUGAAAGAAGACGAGAUCAUGGCGUUCACCUUUGCAAUGGCGGUGGCGCAUCCAGAUCAGAUGGAGUGGCUCAUCACGGUCCCCAUGGCCAAGUCCAUCGUGAGGGGAAUGGACGCGCUGCAGCUCGCCUCCCGGGAGAUCCUCCCCCACCUGCCGGUGGAAGGCUUUAUUCUCAUGGGAGUGAGCAAGCGAGGACUGAUGUCGUGGGUGACGUCAGCCAUGGAUAAAAGGGUGGUGGGCCUAGUGGCGUACGGCUUCGACCUGCUUGACUUUGGGCGCAACUUGCAGCACCUGCACGACUCGCUAGGCGCAUGGCCCGUCAUCCUCAAGUUCUACGCAAUCUUUAACGUCACCUCCCACCUGCAGUCGCCCCACUUCCAACGGGUCAUUGAGGACACAGAUCCCUACUACUUCAGAGAGCGCCUCACCAUGCCCAAGUUGCUCGUCACUGCAGCUAAUGACGAAGUGCUGGCACUGGAUGACACGUACAUCUGGUGGGACACCAUGCCGGAGCCAAAGCUGCUCAAGAUCAUGGCCAACUCGGAGCACAUGCAGAUCCGAAUCAACCAAUGGACUCGCGUCAACCAAUGGGCGAGCAGACCCACGUCAACCAAUUGGCCAACCAAGCCACCCUCUCCUUCCUCGCUUCUCUCCUCCACACCAAUUCCUCCUGUGCCACUCUUCCAGCCUCUUCCCGCCCCUCCCUCACUUGGACCCGCCCCCCCAACGCCCACCACUAUACCCCCACUCGCCACAAGCGCUUCGACAGAGUUGAGGGCACGGGCGUGUUUGUCGUGGAGGAAAGGAAAACAGCACAGGCUCGGCAAGGACGAGGGGAGUUGGGAGGGACACAAGCUGACCAAUCAGGAGCAGCCGCCGCAUCCCUGGGGCUGCGUUCCUGAGCUGCCACCUGUUGACUGGCCGCGGAUGAGGUGGCAGUUUGAUUGGUCCACGUUCACCAUCAAUGCCACGUCAGACAGGAAGCCGUUGGCAGUUAGAGCAUGGACUGGCCGCACAGCCAGCGAGCGGCGAGACUUCCGCUUCGUGCUGCAGCGAGGCUCCAAGGGGUGCAUGGCGCCUAUGCCAACAAUGCCGGGCACAUAUGCAGGCAAGUUCGACCUGUGUGUGCAGGCCACUCCCUUCUUUCUGCACAAGGUAUCGCCGCCCAAGCACCACCCUGAGGAUGGCUUGUGGCACUUUAGCUCCUCCAUCAGCGAUGUUCCCAAGGUGGGGUUCCGAGCAUUGUGGAUUGAAGCUGAUUUUGCGACUCCACAAAGAAAAGCCCCUUUUGUGCUGACAACUGAAGCCCUUCUAGCCCCUAACAAGCUGCCUUUUUCGCCUUGUGAGCUCGGAAACAAUUCCUGCCAAAUGCGCUGGAUAUGA